GGAUGCAGCUGCUUGUGGGAUGUUCCCAGUGGGAGGAGCUGAGGGCCAGUUCUCACCUGUGCUGCUGGGUGGGGAGAGAGAUAGAAGCUGCUGAGUGCAGAGCAAACUCACAGUCGGUUCCUGCUUGAUCCAGGGAAAGCAACUUUUGUUUUGGGCCACGAGGAACUGCUUUUGCUACAAGAUGCAGGAAGCCACCGUAGCCUUCUUCUUGAUGCUGACGGCUCUCCCUUGUCUUCAUGCUAAGGGUCACCCAGAUAACUCCCAGUUCCACUAUGACUAUGAGUCGCUGAAGAUCGGGGGUCUUAUUGUGGCCGGUAUUUUGUGCGCUAUGGGAAUCAUUAUACUAAUGAGUGGAAAGUGCCGAUGCAAAUUCAACCAGAAGCAAGAUCGCAGAAACCGCGCUCAAGAGCAGCAGCUCAUCACUCCAGGGAGCGCCAGCAACUGCUGAACCACUUUCUUCCCAUUUGCCCAGUCUCUAACACUCCAGGACCCCCGAAGGCUCCCCCCCAUCCUCUUUGUUUUGUAACAUAUUUACUUCUAAUUUUUAUGGAUAUUAACUCAAUAAAGGUUUUUUGUUUUCA